AGGAGCUGUGCUAUGUUUCAGUGCUGCAGGCCCCUGGUGGGGGGGCGGGGGUCUGCUAAUCAUCAAUGCAGCUGUGCUUAGCAAAUCUCUCAAAUGAACUGGUGCAUUAUCAGCAGGCAAAUACACACACUAGAGAUCGCCCCUCCUGAAACUCUCCCUGAUCCACAUUUUACACUCAGAAUAAGUGCAGAUUUUGAAGGGAGAUGUCUGGUUUAAUUAACGCAUAAACAAUCGAUAAAAACCAAUAAUGUUUCAGCAGCGAACCCAUGAGCAUGGUCAGGAUGGCAGCUCACCCAAGAGAAAUCCUCUGAGAAAGAAGGGAUGUUGUCAUCGAUAGAGUUUGAAAAUACAUCACAUGCAAAGAGAGGAUUUAGGGCCUGGCGCUGUUCCACAUCCACUCUCACAGUCAAGUCUGCUUGACCUUGAAUUUUAAUCGGGACAACAGGUCAGCGAGUAGAGGUAGGCAGGAGCGAGGUGGUCCCAAGGGCCCUCACCAUGGUGCUGCCGUCUCCUGACAAACGUCACGUCUGCCUGACCACCAUAGUCAUCAUGACCAGCAUGGCCUUCAUGGAUGCCUACCUGGUGGAGCAGAACCAGGGCCCGCGAAAGAUCGGGGUUUGCAUCAUCGUGCUGGUCGGCGACAUCUGCUUCCUCAUCGUGCUGCGCUACGUGGCCGUGUGGGUGGGCGCCGAGGUCAAGACGGCGAAGCGGGGCUAUGCCAUGAUCCUGUGGUUCCUCUACAUCUUCGUGUUGGAGAUCAAGCUCUACUUUGUCUUCCAGAACUACAAGGCAGACCGGCGCAGCCUGGAGACAGUGGCCCGCAAGGCCCUGACGUUGCUGCUGUCCAUCUGCGUUCCAGGCCUAUACCUCAUCCUGGUGGCCCUGGACAGCAUGGAGUAUGUCAGAACGUUCCGUAAGAAGGAGGACAUGCGCGGCCGCCUGUUCUGGGUGGCUCUUGACUUGCUGGACAUCCUGGACAUCCAGGCCAACCUGUGGGAGCCACAGCGGACCGGGCUGCCCAUCUGGGCCGAGGGCUUGAUGUUCUUCUACUGCUACAUAUUGCUGCUGAUCCUGCCCUGUGUGUCCCUCAGCGAAAUCAGCAUGCAGGGUGAGCACGUCUCGCCACAGAAGAUGAUGCUGUACCCUGUCCUCAGCUUGGUGACCAUCAACGUGGUCACCAUCCUCAUCCGGGCCGUCAACAUGGUCCUGUUCCAGGACAGCCGUGUCUCCACCAUCUUCAUUGGCAAGAACAUCGUGGCCAUCGCCACUAAGGCCUGCACCUUUCUGGAGUACCAGCGGCAGGUGAAGGAAUUCCCUCAGAAUGCUAUUGCCAUGGAGCUACAGCAGAACUCAGUACCCCAUAAUCAGGCCCUGCCCAAUGCUACCAGCCUGCCCAUCGAGCAGUCCCCAGCCCGUGAGGUCAUCGACACAUGACCAGGGCGUUCUGGCCUGCUUCUGAGGGCUUGCCACCAGCCCCACCUCUCCCCUGGCCAUGGGGAGCCUGUACACCACUUGGCAGGUUCUGCUCCUCAGCAAAUGCCAUCUCCUUUGAACCCACCAUUUAAACGUUGUGUUCCAGGAGGGGGGGGAGAAUGUCACAGGCGUCGAAAUACCUGAGCCAGGAGGACACUGGCCUGUCCCCAAAAUAGAAGUAACAGAGUUUCGUGUUGUUAUGUGUGUGCUUAUUUUUGGGUUUACGUGCUCUGACUGACAGUUGGUCUAUCCUCUGGCCGAGAGACGAGCCCCAGUCUGACAGGUAACUGGCAGGUGAUCGUCAGUCAGGCGUUUUUUUCUCAUGGAUCGCUGGUACUUUUUUAACAACUUUGUAUGUGGCAGUUUAUGCCAUAUGACUGCGAAUUUGUCAGUCGUGAGUGAGAUGCAGGAAGUGUGGCUCUUUGUUUUGGACGGGGGGCUAAAUGUUGGUAGUGCAUUGUAGGAGGGGGGAG